AGCAGCUCGGCUCCUCUCACUGGGGGCGUGAAGAGCAGGGGGGACCAUGGAUGUCAUCAGCAUCCAGCAGUUGGUAUGUGGAGACAGAGUUGGAAGGAAAGUGUUGGGAUGUGGACAUGGAGUUCCUGAUCCUGGAGGCGGGCCCGGGGCCUGGAGGCUGGGAGCCCAAGAGGCCGUGGCCUGGGAGCGGUGGAAACUGGAAGAGGAGAAGAAGAAGAAACUUGAGAGAUUUAACAGCUCCAGACUGAAUCUGGAGACUCUGGCUGACUUGGAAAAUUUGGUCCAAAGACGGAGAGAAAAGCGACUGAAACGCCAAGUUCCCCCCAGGGCACCUGAGCCCGUGGCUAAGCCGCAGCCCCAGCUGGAGCCUGUGGAUCUGGUGAUGUUCCUGAAGGCAGCUGCCGAGAACCAGGAGGCCCUGAUCGACAAGUACCUGAUAGAUGGAGGGGACCCCAGUGCCCAUGACAAGCUGCACCACACGGCCUUGCACUGGGCUUGUCUGAAGGGUCAUGGCCAGCUCGUGAGCAAGCUGCUGGAGGCAGGUGCCACUGUGGACGCUCGCGACCUGCUGGACAGGACACCGUUGUUCUGGGCCUGCCGUGGAGGACACCUGGACAUCCUCAAACAGCUGCUUAACCGGGGAGCCCAGGUCAAUGCCCGGGACAAGAUCUGGAGCACCCCCCUGCACGUGGCCGUGCGCACAAGACACUGUGACUGCCUGGAGCAUCUCAUUGCGUGUGGCGCCCACAUCGAUGCCCAGGACAAGGAAGGGGACACAGCUCUGCACGAGGCUGUGCGGCACGGCCACUACAAAGCCAUGAAGGUGCUGCUGCUCUAUGGAGCGAAGCUGGGCGUGCAGAAUGUGGCUUCGGUGACCCCGGUGCAGCUGGUGCGAGACUGGCAGCGGGGCAUCCGGGAAGCACUGCAGGCCCAUGCCGGGCACCCUCGCUCCCGGUCCUAACGACCGUAGCCCUGUAUGGUCCCUUCUCAGCCGCCAUUCCACCCCCUUCACCUCCCCCACCUCGCGUCCUCGCAGUCAUCUGCACCCCUCUGUGGUCGUUGCCUCAGACCAGCCCCAGCAGGUGAUGAAGCAGGCCUCCCUGGCUCCAAGUGUCAGGAGGACCUGGUCCCUGCCAAGCUGUGUGCCAGGAUGGGCUGACGCAGGGGACCACAGGGAAGCCAGAAACAGAGCGGGUCCAGCUAAGGAACAGUGUCGGAAAGUGGCAGUCCAGGUUGGAGCAAGACUGAGGAGUCCUAAGCCUCGAGCUGCCCGGGGCUGGGCGCUCGGUGUCCCCUGAUCUCUGGGAGACUGAGCCCCUCCCUCCCAGGAAACAAGGGCCAGUUUCCUGGCCGGCAGCUGUUGUCCAGGCCUCACCACUGUCGGGCACUUCUGUGGCUGGCCGAGGCCCUUGGGCCAGGGGUUUCUCUGGGGACUCCAUUCCUAUCAGCAGCAACCCUGAUAGCAGGUGGAGUGGCUCUAGCCAGCUCUGGCCUUAGGGCUUCUGGAGUUGGGUCUGGCAGUCUGGAGGGGGUGCUGAACAGGUUUGAGGCCCCACUGCAGCACCCGUCCAGAACAGACCUGGUUGCCUCAGAAGCCCUAAGACUGAGAAGCUAGAGCUCAUGCGUGUUUUAGGGAAACCUUGUGCCUACAGUCUGAAGGCCUCGGUCAGCCUGCCUGCUGCUCUCUAGUUGGCCAGCUGAUGGCGCUCUUUGUAGGGGUGAAAUGCCUGGGAGCUGGGGAUUGCUUGUGGCCCACUCAACUUUUGGGGUGGCGGCCCGUAACCCUACUUUGCCUCUGGCAUCACCCUAGCACUAGGGCCUGAGCUCGGGCCUGGACCACGCAGCGCACCGGCCGGCUUUACCCCACCGCUGCGGCGGGACACUGAGGAGCCAGUGGCUCCGCCUGGAGGGGAAGCAGAGGGGAAUGAGGAGCACACCGACUGCUUCCCCUCUGCUGAGUGGCGGCAGAUUUAGGACCCACAUACAAGUUCUCCUCAAGGUUCCUUCCUUUCACUGCCUUUUCCAUUUCACAUCACACUGGUGUAGACCCGUACUGCAGGCGGGGCUGGGUCCGGAACUGGCAGAAAGGGAAUUUUAAGAAACUGCCCUGAAUGGAGAACCACAGGCUGAGGGACCGGCUUUAAGAUGAAGGGUACCUCCCUCAUGUAUGUGAAGUACCUGGAUGGACAUCCAUCUUGCAGCAGUUCUUUCUAGUCUGACACUGGCGGCCUUCUUGGGCCAAGCACAUGGCUAUUCUUACUAUGUGAGAAAGUGACUACAGCUCCCCCCUGGGAGCCACACACACACCUUCUCUUCCCAUGGGCAGCUCCAACCCUGCAGGGAGCGGUGGUGACAGUUCACCCAGGUGCUGGAGCCAGAGAAGAAACAGGUGUUCAAGUUCAUGGAAAAGACGACUCCCUAUCUAGAAGGUGGGGACCCUUAUGGGACAGACAAAAACACCUUUUUAUACACUUAAAAAUAUAUUUUGUUCAUUAAAACUGUUGACUAUCCCUCACAGCCUAGUUGUCUGUU